CCCCCGGCGCUGACUCGCGGCGGAAGUGGCCAGAGGAGGAAAUUCCCACUCGGCUGCCGGCUGCAGCCAGUGUCCUGUCCCGCGGCCGCAGCUCCCCAGCGCCCCGGCCAGGAGCCGCUGCCGGGGAUGUGAAGGCGCCCAACCCCCGGAUCAUGGCCAGCCCAGGAGCCCCUGGGGGAUGCGACGUGCUGAUUGUGUACGCCAGGGAUGCCAGUGAAUGGUGUCAGUACCUUCAGAACCUCUUCUUCUCGUGCCGGCAAGUCCGAAAGCAGUGGGUUCUGAGCUACGAAGUGGAGUACGGGGCUGCCAUUCCCUGGGAGGAGUUCGACCGAUUCAGCAGCAGCCGAUGCAUCAUCGUGUUGCUGUCUACCGAGCUGGUGCAGAACUUUUACCUCCCUGACGUCCUUGGGAGCCUGCAGGAAGCUUUGAGGCCCCCGCACAAAGUGGUCAAGCUGUUCUGCGGAGUGGAGGAUUGUGAUGACUAUUUAGGGUUUUUCAAGGACUGGGCCCAGUGGAAAGAGCUCACCUAUGAUGAUGAGCCAGAUGCCUACAUUGCAACAGUCAAGAAGGCUAUUUCAGAAGACUCUGGCUGCGAUUCUGUGACUGAUACAGAGGCAGAAGACGAGAGAAACCCAGUUUACUCCAGGAAACUUGCAAUGAGUCAGCAGCAUGGGACAUCCAAGAGCACCCUGGGAGACUUGGUGGUGCAGCCUGACCGCAUACGCUGUGGGGUGCAGACAACACUUUAUAUUAUCACGAAAUGUAAACUGGAUUGUCAAGUGAAAACAGAAGCUGAAUUCUUUCCAGAGAAUGCCCAAUCUGUGCGUGUGCCAGUCAAGAUGGAAAAUGAAUACACUGUCUCCGUACAGGCUCCUGACUUAACAUCUGGAGCAGCAUCUCUGCGGAUAUAUUCAGGUGACUUGAUGGUGGGGGAAGCGAACAUCAACUAUUACACUGACAUGGAAGAGAUCGGCAACUUGUUGGCCAAUGCAGCUAAUCCAGUGGAGUUCAUGUGCCAGGCCUUUAAAAUAGUACCAUAUAACAUAGAAGCUCUGGACAAACUGUUGACCGAGUCAUUGAAGAACAACAUUCCUGCAAGUGGCUUGCACCUGUUUGGAAUCAACCAGCUGGAGGAAGAAGAUAUGACAACAAAUCAGAGGGACGAAGAGCUGCCGACGCUACUUCACUUUGCUGCAAAAUAUGGUCUGAAGAACCUCACAGCCCUGCUGCUUACUUGCCCAGGAGCCCUGCAAGCCUACAGCGUAGCCAACAAGUAUGGGCACUACCCAAACAACAUUGCCGAAAACCAUGGCUUUAAGGACCUGCGGCAGUUCAUUGACGAAUACGUGGAAACUGCUGAUAUGCUGAAGAGUCACAUUAAGGAGGAGCUGAUGCAGGGCGAGGAAGAUGACUCUGUUUAUGAGUCCAUGGCUCACCUCUCCACCGACCUGCUGAUGAAAUGCUCCCUGAAUCCUGGCUGUGAUGAUGAGCUCUAUGAAUCCAUGGCCAACUUUGCCCCUGAUGCCACAGACGAUCUGUAUGUAGAGAUGCUUCAGUCAAAACCCGAAGCCCCAGUCGCUAGAGACCAGCUUUCUCUGAAUAUAAAAGACUCUAUGAUCCGCAAAUUUUUAGAAGGCAGUAGCAAAGAUCUGCCAGAUUCAGAGGAUGAUCCCUACCAGCAGUGCGGUGAGGAUGAACUUUACUACACUGUGGAGCAGGAUGACUUCCCUCAGGAAAUGGUCAACAGACCUCCAGUUCCUGUUCCGAGGCCUGACUCCAGCUCCCUUCAUCAAGAGAAGGAGCUGUACAUUUCCAAAGUAUUUGCAGGGAAAGCUCACGAAAGACCUGGGAAUCUGUAUGUCUCUGCAGGGAAGAUUAAGAAAGAGCCUGCAGUCAGGCUUGUCAGGGACCAGUCACAAUCAAGCAUAUACGACCCAUUCGCUGGGAUGAAAACCCCAGGUCAGCGGCAGUUAAUUACGCUACAGGAACAAGUCAAGAUGGGGAUUCUCAAUGUUGAUGAAGCCGUGCUCCAUUUUAAGGAGUGGCAACUGAACCAGAAGAAGAGAUCGGAAUCAUUCCGGUUCCAACAGGAAAAUCUGAAACGGCUACGAGACAGCAUCACCCGGAGGCAAAUUGAGAAGCAAAAAACGGGAAAACGUUCAGACUUGGAAAUCACGGUGCCUAUACGACCGUCUCACAAUGCUCCCGGGAAACUGGAAUGUGGCAUUUAUGAAUUUGGCCCCAGGAAAACUGUUUUCCCACCAAGAAAGGAGAUAAAGCGAGGAGAGUGGAAAACAGAAAGCACCUCUAGCACUGCAAGUAGUGCCAGUAACCGAUCGAGUACUCGAAGUACAUUGAGUGUCAGUAGUGGGAUGGAAGGUGACAACGAGGAUAAUGAAAUCCUGGAAGCUACCAGAAGCCGCAGCCCAAUACCCCAGCAAGUGGAGAGGUUUCCCCUCACGCUACCUGAAAGGCCUCCGAGAAUACCUCCCCGAGGUGCAAGCAGGCCUGUAAGCAGCGAAAACUUUUUUCCUCCACCUGUGCCCCCACGAGGUCGCUGAAUCCUGAGAUCAUUGAAAUAUGGGAUAUUCUAGUGUGUAUGUGUACAGAUAUAUAUAUAUAUAUA